AUGAGAUUACUCUCCUUGGCUGUCUGUCUUUCCUUUGUUUCCAAAAUGACCGCAUCUCCAGUUCCAGAUGUCAAGUGGGUAACUGAAUUUGAAUAUACCACGGUUACUGUUGGUUAUGAUGCGUACACUGCGCAUCUUGCCUCGGCUUCCAAGAAUGAGGAGGUAGCGGGUCCUACGGCUGUAACUGAAAAGUCCACUGCGGAAUCCGAGAAUACGGAAGCUCCAAAGCUUCAGGUCACAGAGGCACAAACUUCUGAGCUCCCACAAACAUCCACCACUCCUCAAAUCACUGAAAAACCAUCAACCCUGAGUAUUGUUUCCAGCGUCAAAUCACAAACUCCAACUUCGACUGAACGUGCUUCAACCACAAGUGAUUCAAGUGAACCAUCAGGUGCUACUUUCUCUGGUGAGGGCACCUAUUACGACCCUGAGAUGGGUUCUUGCGGUAAGGUCAAUUCUGCGGACGAGAUGAUCGUGGCUAUCUCUCAUGAAUUGUACGACAAGCAUACACCAAAUGGAAACCCAAACAAGAAUUCCCUUUGCGGUAAGAAAAUCAAGGCUUCUUACGAAGGAAAGUCUGUCGAAGUCAGUAUUGUGGACAGAUGCGUUGGUUGCGCCCAUGACGAUUUGGACUUGUCCCCAGCAGCGUUUGAAAAGAUCGCUGACAAAGAUCUAGGAAGAAUAAACCUUACCUGGGAGUGGGCGAAUUAA